AUGCAUUUGACCCUGACCAACAUCGUGAAAACCGCCCUCACUGGUGGUUACCGCGACAAGUCCGCAGCAACGUCCCACCAUGACGAGGACGAUCACCGAUACGUUCGCGGCGACAUCGAAACUCGCGGCCCCUGUCCCGGAUUGAACGCGUUGGCGAACCAGGGUUACCUGCCACGAGAUGGCAAGAACCUCACCAUUCCUCAAGUCCAACACGCCCUUGAGACUGCCUUGCACAUGUCUCCCCUUGCCUCCGCCUCGCUGUGCAGCGCUCUUCCUCCUUUGGUGCGUAAGGACGGCACGUUCGACCUGGUCGACACACGCCGCCACAAUGUCAUCGAGCACGACUCCUCCUUCACCCGGCUUGACUUCCACCAGGGCGACAACUACACCUUCCAGCCAGAUAUGCUGCAGGCCAUGAUCGAUGACGCCGAGGGCGGACCCGUGACCCUGCGAUCGUUGGCCAAGACAUACAUCCGGCGAGACAAGGAGAGUCGGGCUGCAGGAGCUCCAAAAUUGCCAUUGAACCUCUGGUUUGUGCGAGUGUUGCAGGCAGUCGGCGUGAUGAACACGGCUCAGACGGGUGGCAUCUUGACCAAAGAAGUGUUGCAUGCUGUCUUCGCUGAGGAGAGGUUUCCGGAGAUCAUCCUGGAGAAUCCAACACCAAGGACCGUCUUGACCUUGCUUGGGAAUGCGUUGGGCAUGAUGCGAUAUGUCAUCUUCGGGCCUUAG